UUUGAGACAGAGGGAGAGUAUGUAAAUUCUAAAAUAAUGUCAUUAUUAAUUCAACAAUUACUGUCUUUUUUUUUUUUUUUUUUUUACCAACAAUUACUACUGUCACAGCAACCACGUUUAUAGGGUUUACCUUUUCUACUGUCAAGCAACCAUUUUUGUCUGCAACCGUUUUUCUCGUCAUAAUUAUAAGCAAACUUUGGUGUGUAUGUGUGUGAGAGAUGAAGAUAGAGAGUGUGAACCUAAGUGAAUUUCUGAAUCAUGGUGAUGGUCAUGACCACAUUGUGGUCAAGGAGGAAGUUGUGGAGGACGACAAGCAAGGUUUUGCUUGCGAAUGGCCAACAUCUGAACAGAGUCUCAAAUCUAUGGAAGACAAUUUGAAUCUGACCCAGUUUCCAAACAACCCACCAACCCUCUCUCCCUCCACUCCUUCCCCUUCUUCCAUGGGUAAACAAAAGAAGCCCAAUGAAAUAAAAAACAAUAUGUCUCCAAUGACGACGAAGAAACGUCCGGUUUCGAUAUCAGGGCAUGCGGUACCAGAUCAUGCAAGAAAGUUCUGUGAGCGAGAAAGGGUUGCAAGUAAUGCAUUAAAUAGUUCUGGUGAAGUUAAGUCAUCCACUAUGAUUCGAGCGGAGGAGUUUCAAUCGAGUCUGGGUACUGAAUUUCCUAGCUUUGUGAAACUGAUGGUCAAAUCACAUGUUUCCGGUUGUUUUUGGAUGGGGGUUCCUAUGCCAUUCUGCAAGUCGCACCUACCAAAAAUGGAAGCUAUCAUCAUUUUGGAAGCUGAAAGUGGGGAACAGUAUGAGUUAAAAUUCCUUCCACAUAAGCAAGGGCUUAGUGCAGGGUGGAGGAAUUUUGCUACUCUACACAAAUUGCUUGUGGGGGAUGUUUUGGUCUUCCAAUUAACCGAAGCUAACAAGUUUAAGGUGUACAUUAUAAGGGCAAAUGAUUUUACUGAGGUAGAUGGUGCUCUUGGCCUUCUAAAUUUGGAUGCUCAUACACAACAAAAUGAUGCAGAUGGCAGGGGUACAAUAGCUCUCAAGAACAAGAGAAAGCAUUCGGAGUCCGUUCCAAUAGCUAUGGUCCAAAAGAAGAAUAAAAAGACAGGCUUGUUACAAUAUGAAAAUGAUAGUGAAUUGAUUGGUUCAGAAGUUCUUGUAGGUUCCAAAUUCUCCAGUUCUUCUGUUGCGUUUGGAGACAUCAAAAACUUUGAAGACUUCAAAAUUACUGUAAAUAGGUUACAUAUCAAUUCUGAGCUCCCCGAACAUAUAUGGACCAAGUACUAUGAGCUCUGCUGCAGUAAUAACUCAUUUCUACAUGCUAAUCUUUUCCAAGGCCUCAAUAGUACUUUGGUUACUGGUUUUAUCAUUGAAACUGUCAACAUUUCUGAUGCCAUAAGAGGUUGCAAGCUCACCACCUCAUUGGACGAAUUUGCAAAUUGGGAGAAGACCUUGAAAUCUUUUGAGCUUGUGGGCAUGGAUGUUGGAUUUUUACGUGCUCGGCUGCGCAGGCUUAAGACCCUUGCCUUUGAAUCAGAAGGUGCCUUGAAGGCAAAGAGGUAUUUAGAGGCUAAAACUCAACGUGUUGAAGCAGAAAACCGGAUCAGAGAUCUGAAAGCUGAGCUUGUGCAAUUGAAGGAGGUGUCUGAAAAGAUUGAUGCUGAUAUUGAGACUCUGGAGUCAGAAGCUGAGAGCCAUGAACUCAAGUUUCAGAAAGCUGUUGAUACUCCAUGGUAAUAUUCUAUAUAUAUAGCAAGAAUAUAUCUUUAGUUUCUUAACUAUGGCCACAUGUAACUAGGAAAGAAGGGUAAAUAUGUUUUUGGUAGUAACUUUUGUAGUUUUGGCCGUAAGUUCUAGUAACAUUGUAGCAGUAGGCUAUUAACUUGGUACAACUUAGGAAUGGACAAUUUUUUUGUUCAAAUCAUGUAUGGUGUAUGUAUAUGCGAACCUGUGCAUGUCACUAUAUUUUUCAUUUCAAUAUAUGGUGAAUGUGGUCACGUUCC